GUAGCAUACGGCUUGCCUGUGAGCUCUGCUCCGUCCUUGAAAUCCAAUGAGACCAAGCACAUAGAAGCAGAUGACUACCACAAGAUGAUGUCCGAACCGAACACCGUCAUCAUCGAUGUAAGAAAUAGAUAUGAGACGGAGAUCGGGCACUUUCAACCCCCACCUGGCGGCGCAGAGUUCGUGGAUCCGAAGGUGCGCAACAGCCACGAACUCCCGAAAUGGCUCGGGCUGCCAGAGACACAGGACAUGCUCAAGGGCAAGAAGGUGAUGAUGUAUUGCACCGGAGGAAUCCGCUGUGAGCGCUUCUCCGCGCUGAUGUCCCAAUUGAAGCAGGACAACCCUGAGUUCGAAACAGACGGGGAGUUCAUGCUGCGAGGUGGGAUCGAGCGGUACGUGCGAACCUUCCCCGAAGGCGGCUACUGGAAGGGCAAGAACUUCCUCUUCGACAAGCGCCAGGAGCAGAUUCCGGAGAAAAAGCCUUCGGAGGAGACCGAGAAGGAGGUUGAGAGCCGCUGCUGCGUUUGCAAACGCAUCUGGGGGCUUUACCGCGGGCAGUUCAAAUGCUCCGUGCAGGACUGUCAAGUGCCCGUCAUUGUGUGCCCAGAUUGCCGCUCAGAGAUUGAGACCGGGCAGAAAGUCCCAGAGCUGCAGUGCCCGCUCUGCGAGGAGGGCUUCAGGCUGCGGGACCUCCACACGCCCGCCCUGAAGCCAGCCGAGAAGCGGAAGGCAGCUUCCGCUCCGGCGGGUGUUGCAGAGCGCGCGGUCAAGCGCAGAGCCAAGCAUCAGGGCAAAGCGCCUUCUCAACGACUCUUCGUGGGAAGCAUGCCUCUGGCAGUCGAUGCAACUAUGGUGCGUGAUGCACUCGGGAAAGGUGUAGAAAUCGUCCAGUGGAUCCAUGACAAGACCACCGGUUUCUGGUAUGGGUCCAGCUUUGUGAAGAUGGCCACUUUAAGAGACGCUGAAAGGGUGGUUGAGGCUGCAGGCAGCCUACGAAUAGGCAAGCGAAAGCUGCGCAUCAAUUUCGCACCGGUGCCAGAUGGGGAGUCUUGGCCUUCCCCUGGUUUUGCGGAGGUGGAGCGUCAAUUUGCUUAUGAGCUGAUAGGACUUGAAAAGAAGUUGGCCAGAGAGCUGGUAGAGCGCUAUUUGAAAACGUUUCACCCUGGUGGUCCAUGUGGUCCCUUGGGAGCUUCCUCAGUAAUGCGCGGCAUCAAGAUCGUGCUGCUGAGGCUGUUAGUGUGCUACCUGGCAGCCAGUCAAGGUGAUGAUGAUCAGUUCCUGACACCGAGGGAGAUCUUCUUCGCUUUGCCCCCUGCCAUCCUUGUGCGGACGUUGGUUUCGAACCUGGAUGCCUCACGAUGGAGCAUCUACGAGCGAUUCUCGCUGGAGGUUAUCGGUGAACGCUUGAAGAGCGGCUUGGCUGGUGGUCGUCCACUCAUCGUCGAGGGUGAGGUGUGCGAUUCGUCGAUGACGCUGACCGGAGCACUAGACGGUUUGGCGCUUCCCGGGUCUGCGGCUCACUACAGGAGGCUUCUGACUUCUGGGGUACCAGUUGGAAGCGUGCUGGAUCACAAGGCUGAGGCACCCUGGUGUUUCGCAGAGCUCGGCUUUCAUGAGCUCACCUUCUGCCCCACAGACGUCCGGAAGGAGACGCGGUUUCGAGUUUUCUGCAACGAGCUGGGGAAAAACUGCAAAAUUUCAGACAAUUGGGGAGGGCCUUCGAGGCAGCAGAUUGAGCAGGCCAAGGCUGAGACUGCCAUCCAUGAAGAGAGAUGCGAAUUUCCUGUGAGGAGAUCAACGCCAAGCAGAUCGUCCACCCCAGAGCGGGCAGUUAGGCGAUCUCCAUCCGUCGCCUCAGAAGGGGCCGUGGCGGAGGAGCAGGGCAGCACAUGGCACGGGGCACCAACGCGCACGGAGAGCGUUGAGAUCGAGCGCUACGCGCUCUUUGGCCCUGCAGAGGUCCUUGGCGAGCGCUCGUCGGACCUGCGGCGCAUAGAUCCGUCAGUUGUUGGGAUGUCUUUUGACGAAGUGUUCAGCUCCAUGGAAAGUCCUUGGCACUUGGACAGGCGUGACAUCAAUCAGUCCCACAGCUGCGAUUGGCCCCCAGCCGAGCCUGAUUAUUGGUGCUCGAGCGAUGCCGGCAAGAUCUGCUUCAUCCCGGUGCCCGAAGGGCUGCAAUGCAGACCUGGCCAGUACCACAAAGCUGUCGGGGAAGGCUGGCAACAUUUCAGCCAUAUCUCCAGAGCACCUGGCAAUGUCGGUGGCUUCCACAGCUGCUGCAUCGACACCGCCCAACCCGGAUCUUCUUGGACGCUGGUCGCCAGAUUGGCGGACUUCGGUUUGGUUCUGGGGCGCGAUGCAGGUGUGCGCGUGGAGUUCGCAGCGCUGGUCCGCGACGGAGCGGAGAGCCUGGUAGCUUCUGUUGGGGCGCACGACGAGUGUCGGUCCUUGUUUCUGGUUGACAAAGUCCAGCUUGACACAGGGAAACUGCUGCUCGCGGACCCCGCAGAUGCUGCGGACUUCGACGACGGGCGGACAAACUCAGCAGUGCCAGCCUCGUCUGAUGCUCAAGACUCGCUAGGCAGUGAGCCUUACGAUGGUCUUGAUGGGCCAGCAGUUCCAAGCGGUUUAGGAGCGGGCUAUUAUCCAGUGAUUCUGUCGCAAGACUCCCUGCAACGAAUCUGUCGCGUGACUGUGGUUUUCCAUCCCAGCCGACUGCCCAAAGUGUCCCGGAACUUCCCUCCCCGGGCCAGAUCGCCAGCGAGGGCGCAGGAGAAGCCGGCAGCAAAGGAAAAGGCUGGGGAAAAGUCCAGCCCGUGUGUCUUCAGUGCCUGCUGGUGCCGGCCGGAAGGCCAGAGGCGGCCGGAUCAGACAGAGACGCCUGCCAUGCGAGUCUGCGAGCCUGCUGUAGGCGGGCCUCUUCAUGUGGUCGGCCCGCUCGAACUUGUUGGCAAGGAUGAGAGCCCGCCUGAGCAGGAUCCGGAAUCUCCUCGAGCACCUUAUGUACUUGAUCGAUUUCUCUUGAAUGUGCUGGGCUACUCCCUUGAGGUCGACUACGAUCGCAUUCGUGUGGUGGAUGAAGACGUAAUGUGCGGCGGUCCGGGCUCCUCGGUGUCGAGUCAGGCCUUCCUGGGCCCAGGUGUGGGCACGACCGCGGCGUCUGUCAAGCCGGGGAUCCAGGUGAUUGCAUCCUUGGGGCAACCAAGCACCGUGGGCCAGCUCGAGGUCCAGGAUGCACAAGGCUAUCAUCCUGAACUCAGGGCGCCCUUGGAAGAAGGGGUGGACCCCACUGGUGAGAAUGCUUCAUUGAUCUGGUCGGAUCUGGCGACCACGACUGCGGGCACGUACCGGGUCUGCUGGUGUUCUGCUCUGAGGACAAACAAUGCAGGGGAGAAUCCGGUUGACCUGACCGACUUGUUUCCCUACCCUCCUGAAGAGGUUAACCUGACGAAUGCGACCAAUGACUCGAAUUUCACCGGAUGGGAUUACGAAUUCUCUUGGGAGGACUAUGGCGUGGUGUUUCAGCGGCAGCUGGCGGCAGCACAGCCUGGGCAGUCGUCCAGCACGACCUUCCGAAAGGAGCCCGAGCAAGCCGCAGAAAGCGAACGCUUGUCAGAGGAGACGGCAGAGUCACGGGCACACGAUGGCUCCAUCGAUUGUGCGCUUGAAACACACUCCGGUAGUUACAAGUCCAGUUGGCAGCGAUGGCAGUGCAUGCCGAAGUUCUUGGAGCAGCAGAGGCAGCAGCUGCUCGAGAAGCCGCAAGAGAGGACCCCGACCAGCAAGCCUCCAUCCAAAGAAGCGCUGGAGUUCUUCGAAUCCCUCUUGGCCGGCACCGAGCCGAUGCAGAGCGCGGCGAGCACUGGAGUGGCGCAGGUGCAGAGCGCCGCACGGCGCCUGCAGCGCCAAGCCGAAGCCGCUCGUCGCCGGCGCCGGCAGGACCCCGGCCCGGAGCGCGCAAACGAAGGGCCCGAAGCCGCCGAAGCCCAACAUGGCCCUGUGCCACCUGAGCCUGUCCCUGGCUCGGGCCCAGAAGUCGGCAAGGAGAACAGAUCCGAUAGCCGCAGGGCCGGGGUCUCCCACGAGGCCUUCGAGCACCGGGAGUUUCUGCGGCGUUUGGAACACCAGCGAAAGCUUCAAGAGCUCCAGGCAGAAGCGGAGCGCGAACGCCGAGAGCUCCAAGCUCAGAUCGAGCAAGAGCAGGCUGAGAUCGAAGCGCGACGGAAUGCCCAGGAGGAGUGGAAAGAGGACCUCGCACGCAAGACUCAGAAAAAGAAAGAGGAGGCCGAGCGCGAUGCUUGGUCGAGAACGGCAAGGGACACCGACAACUACUGGAGAACUCGGUGGUUUCGUUACAUCCCCAAGCCUGAGAAGGGUAAGGCCGAGAACGGGCGAAAGUGGAGCCCGCGUCCACCGCGAGCUGGCGCUGGUGAGCGAGAGGGUCCUGGGAAUGCAAGGCCGACAGCUUUUGCAGGAGCUGCUGGAACACAGAGACGAGCCUCUCGAGUCACGCAAGCGCGAGCCCUUUGUCUGCAAUGGCACCCGGACAAGAGCGAGGACAAGGAGACGGCCACGCGAGUCUUUCAGCAGCUGUCGGCUGGAGUGGACUCGGCAGGCGGCAACCUAACCAACGAGACCAACAUGACCGAAAGUGACGGCGAUGAUAUGGAUGACAACGACAGCAACUACAGCAAUGAAAGCAUGCUGCCCAUGGACGGCCCCGACAAUCAGAUGCCGAUGACGAUGAUGGAAGACAUGCCGGAGAAUGUUUCAGCACCUCUCUGCAGUUCCGAUGCGAUGUUCAACCUCGACCUGGGCAACUUCUCCAUCGCCGGACCCACGGCUUUGGAGGUCAUUGGAGGCGAGGGCUUUGAUCGGCGAAAAGUUCAGGUCGGGACGAACUUCUCCUUGAAAGUGCUCGGCUUUGGCCUCGGCGACGGCAACUCGCAGAGGCUUCGCUUGGUGCUGGCACCCCUCAAGUGUGGUCAAGAGGGGACCUUCAAUGGCACGGAGCAUUUGCUGGGCCAGCUUGCCGAGGACCCGGAUGCACCUGGCACCGGUGAAGACCCCAACUUCGCCCAGACGUGGGGUCCUCUGAUUCUCUCGCGGAGUGGUCAGUACUAUGUCUGCCUUUGCUCGGGCAGAGGAAGGACAUGUUCCAGCGACAUCGACUUUCAGGUGGAGAUCGGCAGUGUUUUUGCUUUCUGGCCCGACCUGCGCUUGGAAAGAUCUGGGGGCUUCGAGCUGAGAGUUGUGCCGCAUGUGGUCUUCUCGCUGGAUUUGAUCGGGCCCCAGCUCUCGGAGGACGACCGCGUGCGCAUUGUGGACUACGACUUGGAAUGUGGGCACCCCGGGUCGGAACACCACACGGAUGCGCUAGGCAAUGGGCUUACUCUGUUUUGUGGGCUGCUGGUAGCCCUUCAACCGCAGAGCAGUGUCUGCAUGCCACUGUCCGUGCGCUUGAAGGCUGCCUUUUCAAGUGGGGCGCGGCGGCAAGCGCUCAACCUGGCGAAGCGAAUCCGAUCCAGACCAUGGGGAGGUUUGGACUUCUGGGGUCCGGGACAGCAGGCAAACUUGGUUUCAAACAGAAGCUUUGGCGCUGGUGGCGCGAGCCACGAGACGAUCUUUCUCCACAACCACAUCGACAUCGCUGCACCAGAGCUGCGACGUCGGCUGCUCGAGCUGGCCAUGGCCGCGGAUGCUGCAGCGGGAUGGAACCUCAGCCGCGGUCAGCCUCUGAGGGCCAGGUGUCUGGAGCUUCUGACGUAUCGAGGAGCAUGGAGAUCUGAACCGGUGGCGUGGCAUGGAGAUGGGGCCACACUACUGACUUUGCUGGUCGUUCUCAGCAACAGGCGUUCGUACGAGGGUGGCGCUGUUGAGCUGAGAGACUAUGGCAACGGCCCUCACGGCCCGCCGGAACCCUCGCAACUUACCGCGUUGGAUAGGACGCAAGUGCUGGAGGUCAUGGCCGACGCACGGCAGCGGCCGCCGCGAUCCGCCUCCGCGCCGAGAAAAACAGCAGAAGUAGUAGGAGUGAGGCUGGAGCAUCACGUCGACUUGGAGGCAGGCGAUGCGAUUGCCUGGCGCGGGUGGACUCUGCACCGUGCCACGCCGGUGGUGGCUGGCAACAGGCAGGUCUUGGCCUCUGAAUGGUGGCUGGGGGAAGAUGCGGCCGAUUCCGGGAUCGCACGAGCCCCCGACUCGGUGGUUGAGUUCCGUCAGGCUCUGCAGCGCGACCCUCGUGCCUCACAGCUCCACCGCUGGCUGGGCGGCGCUUUCUGCGAGAAGCAACCUUGCCAUGAUGUCCACACGACUUCUUCGGCUUUGAGCGCUUACCAGACCGCGCUAUCCCUAGCUCCAGAAGACCCUAUGGCCCUCCAUGCCCUGCAAGCUUUCCUGCAGUCAGGCACAACGUGA